CGUCAGGUGAGCAUUGAUCCAUGGGCAAUACGCUGCCGAGCUCAUCUGGCAGCCGCGGCUACGAACUCGAUGUCCGCACCUUUCUGUUCGAGUACCCAGAUGUGGUCUUCCAGAACCUCCUCGCCUCCAACCGGCUCUUCCGCGUCAUCCGCUGCCUCCACGAGACCGACGGACCGGUCGUCGUCAAGCUCUUCGUCCGACCGCCGGAACCGCUGCCCUCGCCAGGGCCCGACAAACACCAUCUGCCGGAGGAUCUGGAGCAGAUCCAGCAGCAGCUGCUCGCCAUCAAGAGCGCAUUCUCGCCGCAGAUCCAUCCCAAUGUGUUCCCCUUCCAGCGGGUGGAGCUGUCCGACCGGUCCGCCUGCCUCGUCCGGCCGUUCUUCGCCCACAACCUCUACGAGCGGUUCCACACGCGGCCGUUCCUGACGCCUCUGCGGCUGCAGUGGGUGGCCUUCCAGCUGCUGGCCGGUCUCUGCCAGGCGCACUCGAUGGGCGUGUCGCACGGCGACCUCAAGACGGAGAACGUGCUGGUGACGUCGUGGCUGCACGCUUACCUGGGCGACUUUGCGUCGUUCAAGCCGGUGUAUCUGCCCGAGAACGACCCGGCGCUCUUCUCGCUGUUUUUCGAGUCGGAGAGCAGAAGAAGAUGCUACCUCGCGCCAGAACGGUAAAUGGUGAAAGGGACACAGACGACACACAUGCCAGCAGAGGGCCCAGUGUGUGUGUGUGUGUGUCAGUCUGUAUAGCUCUCCCCAGGAGCUUAAGAGCUUCAGCCUCUCCCUGUCGGCCCGUUUGCGGAUGGAUGUCUUCUCGAUGGGCUGCGUGCUCGCCGAGCUCUUCUCCGAGGGCACCUCCGUCCUGGACCUUCCCCAGCUGCUGCAGCUGCGUGCCAACGCCCUUGACCCCACCAACUGGCCCGCCGUCACGCGACUCACAGACGACACCGUCCGGGGCCUGCUCGUCCGGCUCAUGCUGCAGAAAGACCCCGCUAAACGCACCGACGCGAUAGCGUGCUUCGAGGCCUUCUGCAGGGACGUCUUCCCCAGGUGUUUCAUGACGGUGCUCUUCCCUCUGUAUGUGUUGCUGCUGCACCCGCUCUACCAGAGCCCCGACAUGAGGGUGGCUCUGGUCCGCGAGAACCUGCCGGCCAUCUUGGAGGGGCUGCUGGGGGCUGAGGGCGGGGCGAGGGAGGAGAUCCGGCAACGGGUGGAUGAGCAGGUGCCGGAGAUCGACGCCCUGACGACUUAUCAGGUGUGUGAAUGGAUUUAUGAGUACACGGACGGGAGGACAGUCAGUCGUGUGGACGGACGCGGCGUGUCUGGUUGUGUUGGGAAACAAAUGCAGAUCCUUCUCAAUGCCGCAUCGAUCGCCCCCGCAGUGCUCGACAGCCGCAUCCUGGGGGCAGCCUGGGCCAAGGAGCAUACCACCAACAGCAGCGCAGACCACACAGACUCCCAGGACGGCAGCAAGGGCAUGCGCGAGGCGUCACCCUUCCCACACCCAGUGCUGGACCAGGAGAGGGGCGAGGAGUUCUCCAGGCGGCUGGUGGACCUCUGGCGCAAGACCGGCAAGAUGUUUCUGGAUGCCGAGCAGUCCCCGGGCACCGCCCAGCCGAUGGCCCGUGACGCUGUCGACGCCGCCAGGGCAUCCCUCUACGACGUCUUCUUCCGCCCCUCCCAGCCCCACAACGCACCACAGCCGCCGCCCCCGCCCCCCUCUCUGCACGCGAGGCCGUGUGUGUGCCCAAAGGACGACACCGUGACCAUCCUCGUGGGUCUGCUGUGCUCGUGCGUCGCCCACGUCAGCUCGCCCCGGUGCCGCGCAGUAUGUGUGGGAAUGCUCCGGUGCCUGGCGCCCUACAGCACGUCGCCCUGCCUGCUGGAGCUGACCAUUCCCUGCGUACUGCAGCUGCUCAACGACCCUGUGGGCGUCAUCCGUGCGGUGACCGUCGAGUGCGUGUUGGAGGCGGUGGGCCAGGUGGAGGAGGUGCCUGCGGGGGACGCCCACCUGAUGACCGAGUACGUCUUCCCCAGUCUGCUCAACUGUGUGGCGUCGCCGCAGCUGCUCGACGGCACCAUGAGCGGGCCGACCAGUCUGCAGCUGCAACCCAACUUUGAGCCAUCGCUGCGCCGGUCUUUGGCGCGGAGUGUGGCCGCUCUAGCCAAGGCGGGGGUGCUCUUCAUCGAGAAGGAACUGCAGCGGAGGUCAGACAGACAGUGGGUGGGGAGAUAGGGAGAGUGCGCGUGUGACACGUGUUGUGUGUUGUGGUGUGUGUGUUCAGGAGUCGGCUGAGCAGCUCGACCCCCAGUGCAUCGGCGGCCGUGGCGGAGGAGAGGACGGAUGCCGCCGCCAACAGCGACACCUUCGACGGUAUGCAGCAACCUACGUGGUGUGUAUCAUUUCAAUGUGUGUGUGUGUGUGUGUUGCAGGGCGUUUGGCCCAGCUGCGUGAGCUUGUGAGGCAGCUAAUCCAGGGCCUGCUCGCCGGGGACGACCCCAACGUCAAAAUAGCCCUACUGGAGACGGUGGGUGAGUUGGCGGAGUUUCUGGGUCGGAAGGAGGCGCACAACUUCCUGCUGCCGUACCUGAUUACCUUCAUGAACGACCCCCACGGCAGCGUCCGUGCCCACUUCUGCGAACACCUCCCGGCCGUCGCACCCCUAGUCGGCGCAGUGGCCGUCGAGGGAUUCAUCUACCCCUGCUUCGACCAGGCCCUCAUCGACCCUGAAGAGGAGGUCAGUUCAGCCGGGAGACCUUCUCUUAAAGUCUUUCGUCCGAGACACGGCACAGAGUGCGUGUGGUGUGGUGUGUGACGGGUGUGGUGUGCAGGUGGUGGAGGCGGGUUUGAAGGGUUUGGCGUCGAUGGUGUCUCAGAAGCUGUUCCGGCAGAGCCGCAUGCUGAGCAUCGCCAGGAGCGUGGCGCCGCUGCUGCUGCACCCCUCGUCAUACCUCCGACAGGCCGCUUGCACACUCAUGCAGGCCAUCGAAGUAUGCGAGAAACACACAGAGACGCACGCAGGCAAUCACAUGGUCGAUCCAUCCAUUGAUUUCUCAGGUGGAGCUGUCUCCGGCUGGGAGUCUGGCGCUGCUGUACCCGCUCAUCCGUCACGUGCUCACCAAGCGGCCGCCUUUCCCCACACACGGCGCGCUCGAGCGGUACCUCAAGCCGCCUGCCUCACGGAAGGCCCUCUUCCGAGCCGUGCAAAGUAAGCUACCUACCAGCACCCAAAUGGACACAACCGCUUCGGUCCACUUGUGUGUAUGUGGUUCGUCUGUCCGCCCAUCAGCCAUUCGCGAGGAGAUGUCUCAGGGCAGCGUGCGGCACACCAAUGAAGAGGGAGCCACACAGCCACAACCCGCACCAGCAGCAGUCACGGAUCAGGAGCUGUCGGCGAGUGACAGGGAGGCGGUGGAGGUGCUGCGGCCCUUCCUGCAGGGGGUGCUGACCCUCCAGAGCUCGCGCUACCCCAAUAUGCACCUCUACGGCGUUGGCGGCAUGUCCCCUCUGCCCGGCAGCAGCCACUCGGAAGGGGACGCACGGACCACAUACGGCAUGAGGACGGUGUCUCGUGUGCCCCCGCACACCCUCCCCUGCGUGCAAGCCUCCCCCCUUCACGCCAACUUCCCCACACGCGUCCGAGCGGAGCUCGAUGACUUCUGCCGCAUCCCACCACACACGCCGGCAGCAGCAUCUGACCACACCUCGCCCCCCACCAUCCCGCCCUCUCUCCCAUCCACCCCCUCCCUCCCGCCAUCGAGCGAGCCCACCGAGCGGCCCGCCGCGGCCCCUUUAGCCAACGUCAAGGCCAGCACACGGCGGCCGCCUUGUGUCGACGAGAGUGGCAACUGGAUCGACUGGCGUCUCGACUCACUGGAGGCGCCCACACCUCCUCUGGACCUGGGCGUCCUCACCGGGCUGGAUGGGUCGCCCUACUCGCUGUAUGCGCACCUGCCGCCCCCUCCAUCCCACCCGCCCCCGCCCCCCACCAGCCACCCACACAGGGACAGCGACAUGUCGACAGCCGACGGCCGGGGGCCGUUCGAACGCGCGGCGACGGCCGGGGUGGGCUGGUUUGUGUCCACCAGUGGCGACCUUCUCUACGAUUGGGACGGUGAAUUGGACCCAUCUGAACGGCCGGGAGAGAGGUCAGUGUCUGGCCCUUCGCCGCCUUCCCUCAUCCCCGGCAUCCCGGGGUAUGUGACGGCCCCAUCAGAGGGGAAGGAGGCCCGCGAAGCUGAGGGGAUGCUCCUCUCGCCCGUCUCACACGCAUCACAGCCUUUCUCUCUUGAGAUCGGUGCGCCGUCGAUCAGCGGCGCGAUGGCUGGGGGCAGCAUGGUGGGACUGAGCACGUGGCGGCCCCAGGGGCUGCUGGUGUCGACUCUGUACGAGCACGAGGGCGGCGGGGGGUGUCCCGUGACGCACAUUGACGUGACCGACGACGGGCGCAUUCUCGUCUCGGGCGGCGCCAACGGCCGCAUGAAGCUGUGGAACUGCGCCUCACUGGAGAAGGACGUGAGCGUCACGUCAGUCAAGACGUUCGCCCUCCCCAGGGGCACCUCCCUGACCGCUCUGAGGACCAUCCGCAACACCAAGGGCGCGGCGGUGGGCGGCUCUGACGGCAUCGUCAGGCUCUACAAGCUCGAGGUGGCCAGGGGCGGGAUGGCACACGAGGUCGCCGCCAUCAAGACCUCAGCAGAAGGAUCGGCCGGUGGCCAGCCCUCCACCUCUGCUCUGUCGAUCGCGGCCAUUCAGCACUUCGACACUGAUUUCGAGAGUGUUGUGGUGUUUGCGACGGAGGGGGGCGUGCUGCAGGGGUGGGACCUACGGGCGCCCCCUCACAGGGAGACCUCACUGGGCUUCCACCUGACUACGCCCUUCUCGUGGGGCAACCUCUACUCGCUCUGCCUGGCCCCCGACAGCAGGUGGCUGUGCGUCGGCACACUCGGCGGCGUCAUCGCCCUCUAUGACCUCCGCUUCCUGGCCCCCAUGCGCGUGUGGCGGCUGACUUCAGCGCUGCCCAUUCUCUCCCUCGCACCGUGCCGCGAGCAGCUGCAGCAGGCGGGCGUAUUCGCUGCUCUCGGUGGGGCCAACAACGAGGUGGCUCUAUUCGACCUCGCGAAUGGCCGGUGCGCCACUCUGUUCCGCACCAACGCGCCCAGCAGUGAGAGCGGCGAGGGACUGGGCAGCCAGGUGCCCACCCUGACGGACAUCAGUGCUCUGGAGCUGUCCGCUUCCCCGCCAUCCAUCAACGUGACGCCGGCCAACCGGUCCCACGGGCUGCACACGCUCUCUGUGGACGUGAUGCAGUCGAACCUCCGCCACGCCUUCCACUCGAGCCACAACGUCCGCAGCAUCUGGGCGCCUCCCCCCUCCCUCCAGACAUUCAUUCUUGCCGGCGGAACGGACAGGAAAGUCCGAUACCUCAGCCUGGAGCGGUGCACGAGCGACUCGUACGUCGUCAUCGGGGGGCAGGGGAGCGGCGGGCGGGAUGCAGCAGCGGCGUCGAGCUCAUUUGCGUCCUAUGCGGCGACCAACGUCGACAGCACUCUGGUGGUGCAGGAGUACACUCAAGGGGGCGGUGGUGGCUCGAGUCACGGAGGCGGAUACGGCAGGCAGGACAGCGAUUUGUAUGGCGAGGGCGAGAUGAUGAACGAGGGCGGCAUGGCGCACACCGGCCGGUUUGAGGGGCUGGGCGACGUGAGCGAGAUGGGCCCGAUGCCGCCGUCGCCGCAUCACAGGGACGCCAUUCUGGACGUCAGAGUGAUGAGUCUGUCGAGCCAUCUGAUGAUCACUAGCGGGCGGGACGGGCUGGUCAAGAUAUGGAAAUGAGUAGAGAAGAGGCAAGAGAAAAGGCGAGUAGGUUUGUGUGUGGCAUGGAUCCAUAAGUGCACACUUGGGUGGGUGUGGUACGUGUUUGUUUGUG